UGUACGACCACCGCACUCCAGCGACAUCGGCACCUAAUCGACCUUUGCGGCCAGUCAACCACCUUUUCGGUGACGAAAUAAUAUCAUUCCCGUCCCCCACGAUUUCCACCCAAAAAGUCAUCCAGCUCCAAACACUCUCCGCUCCAACCAUGGCAACGGCUUCCGCUCCCCAGGGCUCGGCGCCGCCCGAGAAGAAGCAGACGCCCAGCGCGAUGCGGUCGGUCCUCGCCGGCUCGACCGCCGGUGCUGUCGAAAUCGCCAUCACAUAUCCCGCCGAAUUCGCAAAGACCAGGUCGCAGUUGAACCGGCGGCUGGCAGCGGGCGAGAAGUUGCCAUGGCCGCCGUUCGGCAAGCAGUGGUACGCCGGCUGCACCACGCUGAUCAUUGGCAACUCGGCCAAGGCUGGUAUUCGAUUCGUCGCCUUUGAUCAGUACAAGCGAAUGCUGGCCGACGCCGACGGCAAGCUCACCGGACCCCGGACCGUCCUCGCCGGCUUCGGUGCCGGAGUCACCGAGUCACUCCUCGCCGUAACGCCGACGGAGAGCAUCAAGACGACUCUGAUCGACGACCGCAAGCUGCCCAAGCCCCGACUCCGCGGCUUCCUCCACGCCGUGCCCAUCAUCGCGCGAGAGCGAGGCCUCCGCGGCUUCUUCCAGGGCUUCGUACCGACGACCGCGCGCCAGGCGGCCAACAGCGCGACGCGCUUCGGCUCGUACACCUUCUUCAAGCAGCUGGCCGAGUCGUACACGGCACCCGGCGAGAAGCUCGGCGCCGUGGGCACGUUUGCCAUCGGCGGGCUGGCGGGCAUCAUCACCGUCUACGUGACGCAGCCGCUGGACACGAUCAAGACGCGCAUGCAGAGCAUCGAGGCGCGCAGCAUGUACGGCAGCACGUUCAAGUGCGCGUCGAUGAUCUUCAAGCAGGAGGGCGUGCUGACGUUCUGGAGCGGCGCGCUGCCGCGGCUGGCGAGGCUGGUGCUGAGCGGAGGCAUCGUCUUUACCAUGUACGAGAAGAGCAUGGAGCUGUUCGACCAGCUGGAUCCCGAGAAGAAGUACAUCUAGGGCGGAUACUCUGGGUGGAUUGCGGCUAGACAGGGGCGUUGGGGACUGGAAAACGCAGAGAUGAUUAUGUCGUGGAGCAAUACAGGUGCAAAAUCGCUUUGAUACAGCUAAUAUACAAUGCGUAUAUAUACAAAUAG